ACUGCCUUAAAGGAAGGAAAACCUGAAUGUUUGUUACAGCACUAGAGAAGGCAAAGGAAAAUUUCUAAUACCUGUAGUUUAUUCUAUGAAAAUUACUGGAUUAAGAUAAUGAGAAUGAGCCUCUUCUAUCAAGUAAUUUUCUCAGAGGAUACAGAAACAGAUCCAUCCAUUUAAAAAGAAGGGAGAUGGCAGCAACAAAGAAUGAACCCAAAGUCUAUGAAGUCCAGCUCCAACAGAAAUACUGGCUAAAGGACACAAGUAAAACCAAGCUGCUGCAGCUUCAGGCAAUAUGCCUGGAUAAGGUUACUGAGCAAGAGCACUAUUAUGACACUGCUUUACAUGAGCUCGCUAUGACUCAGACCUGGCUUAGUCAAAAAAAUCAACAGUGGCAUCUUAUAGUGGCUUCUCAGAAGCAAGAAACAAGAGGCAAUGCAUCUACCACUGAAUUAUCUCCCAAGAUGUGGAAUACUCUGCACCUGGAUAAAACAGAUGCCAGCCAUGUCAAGCUUCACACCCACAUCCUCACCAAAGAACUCCCAGAGGACGGACUGACAGGAUCAGCAAACAUUAGCAAGCAAGAUGAGCUGCAUUAUCAUUCCAAAAAAGCAACCAACGCAGGCACACACAUGGAACACACUUCAACUUAUGCUGAACUGGUAACAGAAAGAGAGAUAAUUACAUAUCUGGCACACUCCCUUCACAUUGGUUUGACAAAAGAGGAAGAAAGAAAUAUGACGAUAAAAGACUUUUUGCAGCUAGCAGGAGUACAACAUUAUGCAAGCUAUCACCAUACCAAACAGGUAACAUAUACACUGUACGGAAUUUAUACGAUUAUUAUACAGAUGGAUGAAAAGACUUCCAAGGAGUCAGCUACUAUAUUGGUGGACACAGAUAUUCUUAACGUAGACAAGUGUUUUGAAGAAAUAGAAAAGUUAGCAAGUGAUCUGGAAUUGCAACAUCAAACACCUUGAGUCAAUAAAGACAGACCUGACAUCGUCAUAGAAACUUUAAAAAUGAGGUCAAGUUCCUGAGGGAUCAAUAUUUCAAUGAAUCAAUUAUAAUAAAAUGAUCAACUUGCACUAAACAACACAAAAGAACUUAA